AUGGGUGAGAAUAAUGAAUAAUUAGAAAAAAAAGAUUAAAUUGUAAAUGUUCUAAUGGUAGAUAAUGACAAUAGAUCUGUCGUCUCUACACAUUCUAAAGAUAAUUCUGAAGAUAUCCCUGAAGAAAAAUCUCUCAUUUACAUCUCUAGUUUGAGAGAUUUCAAGAGCCUUCUUAGAUCAUGCAUUGAGAAUGCUAUGGCCUUUCUCUUCGAUUGGAUCCCAAAUAUCUUAACUCUCUACUUUAUUAACAACAACACAACUCAGCUUGAAGCUAGUGGCUUCGGUUUAGGUUUAAUCUGGGCAAACAGUAUCGGAUAAAGUCUCUAUUAUGGAUUAAGUAGUGGUUUUGAAACAUUAGCAGCUCAUGCUCAUGGAGCUGGUAAUUACGAAUAAGUAGGCAUUUUGUACCAAAGAACGCUCUACAUUACACUAAUAAUGUUCAUACCUAUUGGUCUUUCGCUCUAUUUUGCUGAAGAUAUUUUGAUGCUUUGGAACUCAGAUGAAGAGCUUUGCAGGUAAGCCGGACUAUAUUGCAUUAGUGCUUUGCCUGGAUUAUUCUUCGCUGCUAUAGCUUUCUAAUUCAAAGCUUCUUUAAAUGCUUAAAACAUCUAUAAUUUGCAAUAUUAAGCUGUAGCUUGGAGUAUUCCUUUCCACUGGGUGAUCUCUUAUCUCUUUAUUUCAGUCUUUUAGCUGAAGGUUAUUGGCGGUGGUUUGGCAUUUUCAUGUUCAUAAUUUACUUCGCUUUACUUAUUGUAUUACUUAGUAAAGUAAAAACAAGAAUAUCAAAAAUGUUACAUUCCUUUCGAUAAAAGAUGCAUGCAAGAAAUCAUCCCUUUCUUGAAAAUUGUUAUCCCUAUUGGAUCUCUUUUAACUCUUGAAUGGCUUGUUUAUGAAACUUAUUCGAUUUUAGCUUCUAACUUACCUCAAGCAUAAUUUUCUGCCCACAUUGUACUGUCUAAUUUUAAUACUAUUUAUUACUAACUACCAGAAGGUUUUUCAAUAGCUACUUCUACUUUUGUAGGAAAUGAAAUGGGUAGCAACAAGCCUAAUAGAGCUAAGAGAUUUGCUAAAUACGGUAUGAUCAUAGCUCUAUUAAACUUUUCGCUCACAUUAAUGCCAAUUUAUUACCUAAAAUAUGAAAUCAUCAAAAUGUUUUCAGUCGAUGAAGAAGUCCUUACAAUUUUAGAUCAAACCUUUAAUGUCUUUAUUUUUGCUGUUAUUUCUGAUGCUUCUCAAGUUAUGUUGACAGGAUUAAUGAGAGCAAUAGGCAAAGAGCAAUUCAGUAGUGUAUCAUUCAUUUUUUGUUAUGUCUUCUUUGGAAUAUUUUGGGCAUAUAUCCUUGCUUACGUCUGCGAGUUCGAAAUAUAUGGUAUUCUCUUUGGUGCUAUCAUAGGUUCAUCAUCUUAUAAUAUUUUGCAGCUUUAUUAACUUCAUAAAUCAGACUGGCACAGUUUGGCAGAAUUCAUUUAGGAAAGAAUAGGAUCCAACGAAAGCUUAGAACUUAAGGAAAUUAAAGAAAAUUUAGUAUGA